AUGAUCGACAAGAAAGCCAUGCUCGAGGCACGCGAGGAGCUGCCCGUCGUUGGCGAGGAGCGAGUCUACAAGCGGUAUCUCUGCAUAUGGAAUCGCCAGGUGGAAUAUCCCGACGGCCGGAUCAUCGACUGGGACAUUGCUGGCCACAACAUCCAGAUCCAGCCAUGUUUCUCGGUGACUUUUCCGUUCAACACUGAGAAGAAAACGACGACAUUGGUGAUCGAGUAUGCCCAAGGCGUCAACCAACUGAAAUACACUUUUGCCGCCGGUGGGUUUGAUCCCAAGAAGCACAAAGACUUGCUAGAGACGGCUCAGGCCGAGCUCUCGGAGGAAGCCCGUCUGAAAGGCGGAGAGUGGAUCGCCCUGCUACCCGAAGGCCACGGAGGUAUCUCGGAGCUCAAGUGGUGCCGGAACCGAUUCAUUCCCUAUCUCGUGCUGAACCCGCAGAUCGACGACACUCCCAGCCCGCGGGACGCAGAAGAGUUCAUGCAAGUGAUCUACGACGUCCCCUUGGACGAAGUGCGAGAUAUUGUGAUGCGCGGCGACAUGAUGCUGCCCAGCGUGCAGACCUGGGUGAUGGGCGAAGCAUACCUCCGCGAGCACGGCCACAUCUAG